AUGCUGCGCCGCUCGUGUGUGUUGUGCCUCGCGGAGGGCCCGCUGGUGGUGCCGAGUGAUGUCGGCGACUGGACGCGACUGCGGCCACUCACAGAACGCUUGACAGUUGGCGCCUGCAGCGACACUACAGUUCUCGACCCGUCCAUUAUUCCGACGCGGCACCUGCAGCGCAGCUUGUUUCGACUUCCAAUCCCAAAGCUGUCAAACACCUGCGCCCGGUACUUGGAUGUUGUCAAGCCCUUAGUAUCGCCUAAGCAGUUCGACACAACGGCGCGAAUUGUGCAAGACUUUCAAGCAGGUGCGGGUGUGAAGCUACAGGAGGAAUUGUUGCGUACUGACAAGGCCAACAAACACACAUCUUACAUCUCCGCUGACUGGUUCGAUCUGUACCUGUCAGACCGGCAGCCACUCCCAAUUAACUACAACCCGUGUCUUCUCACAAGACGUGAUAUGGAUAAGACCGAUAUGCUUACCCGGGCAGCCUUCUGGAUUACGAGCAGUGUGUCCUUUUACAGGAUGUACCUCAACAACACACUGAAGCCAGAAAUAUUCUACUUUGGCUCCAAAGACCAUUACUGUCGGAAGGAUUGGUUCCAACGCACGGUGGCACUCGCACCAGAGUACUUUUCUGCGAAGCUGCUGGCGGUCGGCUCCCGAUUUCACGCCUUUCCACUUGACAUGUCACAAAAUGAUAACCUGAUGAACUCGACCCGUGUGCCAGGUGUGAUCAAGGACGAGUUGAAGGCUUUUGGGUUCAUGCCGCACAUCAUUGUACAGUGCCAUGGCCACCAAUAUGUUGUGACAGUUGCGGAUAGCGAGUGCCGGCCGCUGCCAGAGGAGCAGAUAUACGCGCGGCUGAAGGCCAUCACCGACUUGAACGCGGCGCCGCCCAAAGUAGAUGUCAGUGUUUUCACGAGUAUGGCAAGAACUGCAUGGCACGGUGUGCGUGUUUCUAUGAUGCGCCAUCAUGUGAAUCAACAGAGCUUCGAACAGCUCGACUCAGCCAUGUUUGUGUUGAACCUCGACGCCGAUUUGGAGGUUGAUUACUUGACCUCGCGUGGCGCCACCGAGGCGACGCGUGCGAUGCUUGUGCGUGAUACGAACCGAUGGUGGGACAAGAGUCUCUCCGUUAUUCUGACAAAGGACGGCUUUCUUGGUGUCAACUUUGAGCAUAGCUGGGGUGAUGGCGUUGCUGUGCUGCGGUACACACAGGAUGUGUUCAAUCACUCUAUCAUGCGUAGCAGCAAGAGCAUGAGGCGGGAUGCGGCCCCAACAGAACCUGUGCGGCAGCUUCCAUGGCACUUGACGCCAGAACUGGAACAGGAAGGUGCCAGGGCAAAGGCACGCAUCGUUUCUGAGAUUCGCCGCAUGGAUUUCAGCACCUGCAUGGUAUCUGACAUCGGCACAAGCAGCAAUCUUCUGAAGAAGUGGAACAUCAGGGCCGACCCAUUUAUGCAAACGGCAAUGCAGCUUGCAUGGUGGCGCUUGUAUAAGAGUACAGUCAGCACAUACGAAAGCGCCAGUACUGCAGCGUUCCUGCGGGGCCGCACCGAAUGCAUUCGGUCGGCGACGCCGGAAAGUCACGCCUUCACCAUGUUGAUGGAUAAGCCAAAUGCGACUGCUAACGAGAAGGUGGAGGCGCUUCUGAAAGCCAUUCGCAAGCACAGCAAAAAUGCCAAGAAUGCGAAAUCUGGUGAGGGUGUCGAUCGCCAUCUGUUUGCACUGAAGAAAGUGGCGGAGCGCCGUGACCCACAGCGCAUUCCAGAGCUGUUUGCCGAUCCUUCAUACGCAACGCUUGGUAGCAACAUGAUGAGCACCUCUUCUUUGUACUCGGAUACCCUCAUUGGCGGCGGCUUCGGCCCUGUGAGCCCCGGCUACGGUAUCGGCUACGCGGCGGCAUCUGACUGUGUGAUGCUAAAUGUGUCGUGCUGGAAGGAAAGUGGGCCGAUGUACUCAGCGGAGGACUAUACGCGCGCCGUUUACGCUGCCGUUGUGGACAUCUACAACAUAAUAUAUGCGACGAAAAGGGAUACGUGA